GUGGGGGAGUGCGAACCGAGGGUAGUGAGGUAGGAGAGAGGAUGGUAAAUUAAAAACGCGAUCAUCGAUGAUUUAAGGUAUCGGUGAUUAAUGCAAUCAAGCCCCCUCCCUUCUCACUCACCAGGUGGCCCGAAGUGUGUGUGAGAUGGAGCAGCAAAACCAUUUCAAGCAGCUGUUGCUGCAGCUCAACCAGCAGCGAGCCAAAGGGUACCUGUGUGAUGUCAUCAUCGUGGUGGAGAAUGCGCUGUUCCGCGCCCAUAAGAACGUCCUGGCGGCCAGCAGCGUCUACUUCAAGUCACUGGUCCCCCACGAUAACCUGAUCAACCUGGACACGGAGAUGGUCAGCCCCUCCGUCUUCAGACAGGUAUUGGACUUCAUCUAUACAGGUCGUCUGUCCAGUUCUGACUCUGUCAGUGACCACAGUGUCUCGUCCCUCCUGACCGCCGCCUCCUACCUCCAGCUGACCGAACUAGCUGCUCUCUGUCGGAGGAAGCUCAAACACAAUGGACAGACCCCCUCCAGCUCCAACAAGUUGACCACCACCUCCCCAACCCCCAAUGGACACACCCCUGGCCCCCUCCGCCUCUCCUCCACCCCCCUCAGAGCAACCCCCAGCCACCAUAACAACCACUCAGGGUCCAGGAAGGGCAACCUGAGGAACCAGAGAUGGGGCCAGGAGGGGAGGCUGAGAGAGGAUCUCUCCGAGGAGGAGGUGUUUAUUUCGGGCUCGCGGUGUGCUUCCCUCAGCCCCUCUGGAGGAAGUAGGGUUAAUGGGCUGGCUCUAGGACUGGACCUGUCCAAGAGGAGUCCAUCAGGAAGCACCGCCACAGAGGAAGUGUCCCCCAGCAGUCUCCCCCAAAGCUCCUCCCCCCACUCCUCAUCUGUUUCUCCCACUCCUCCCACCACGGCAGAGCCUAGGGAGAACCAGAGGCAGCUUCCAAAUACCUCCACAGACCUCUUGCCUAGGGCCCCUUGCAAGAGACCCCGACCCCACAGAGAGGCCACCAACCUGGGAGAGACGGGCAAGGCAAUGCACAAGGGCCUAGUGAAGAAACCAGGUGCACCAGGGCACGAAAAGCUGGUCAGAGGGGAUAGAGUGACCCCAGACCUGGAGGAUGGGGAGGUGGAUGGAGAGGAGAAUGGCCAUGACCAGAGUGAAGAGAGUGGGCACAGUGGGAGUGAGGGAGGAGGAGGAGGAGGAGGGAAGAGAAAUGGGAACACCAACUAUAUCUACCGUCAGCCCCAGCCAGGGUUUGAGCCAGGUGUGGGGGACAAUCUGUACGUCUGCAUCCCCUGUGGGAAAGGCUUCCCCAGCUCCGAGCAGCUUAACGCCCACGUCGACACACACACCCAGGAUGAAAUCUACCUCGAAGAAGAGGAGGAGGAAGAAGAGGAGGGUGGUGUAUACCUGAAGGAUGAAGACCCUGACAUCUAUGCAUCACGGGGGGUGGAGCCUGGCGCUGACGAACCUCGGCAUCGUUGCACAGUCUGCAGUAAGACCUGCAAGGACGCGGUGUCGCUACGGGAACACGAGAAGAGCCAUUGGCUGAACCGGCCGUUCCCCUGUAACAUCUGUGGCAAGUUGUUCACCCAGCGAGGCACCAUGACCCGCCACAUGAGGAGCCACCUGGGCCUCAAGCCCUUCGCCUGCGAGGAGUGCGGCAUGCGCUUCACACGCCAGUACCGUCUCGCCGAGCACAUGCGGGUCCACUCGGGGGAGAAGCCCUACGAGUGCCAGCUGUGUGGCGGAAAGUUCACCCAGCAACGCAACCUCCUCAGCCAUCUAAAGAUGCACACCUCGCCCUCAUAGAGGACACUUCACCAUGGUUACUGCAGCUGGACCACAGAUAUCUGGGCUCUAUUAGGCUGUCUGCCUCAUCUUCAGAUGCUAUCUGGUGUUGCUGUUACCCAUAGUACCUCCUCACCCUUGUAAACACACCUGGGUUCUACCUCAACUUUAGAAACUCACCUUGAAAGGAAUGACCCCACCUUUAUAACCACUCCUCCUGAGUAACUCUGCUCCUUUACUUUAUCUCAACCUCUUAACAACCAUCACCCACACCUCAAAUCAACCAUCACCCAUACCUCAACCUCAUAACAACCAUCACCCAUACCUCAACCAUCACCCAUACCUCAACCUCAUAACAACCAUCACCCAUACCUCAACCAUCACCCAUACCUCAACCUCAAAACAACCAUCACCCAUACCUCAACCUCUUAACAACCAUCACCCAUACCUCAAAUCAACCAUCACCCAUACCUCAAAUCAACCAUCACCCAUACAUCAACCUCAUAACAACCUUCACCCAUACAUCAACCUCAUAACAACCUUCACCCAUAGCCUCACUCAUGACAACUGUUCCUCUGACUUGCCUCAACCCCAUUUUACUAAUACCAACCAUUACGUCACCCUCAGAACCCCAUCUUACUAAUACCAACCAUUACGUCACCCUCAGAACCCCAUUUUACUAAUACCAACCAUUACGUCACCCUCAGAACCCCAUCUUAUUAAUACCAACCAUUACGUCACCCUCAGAACCCCAUUUUACUAAUACCAACCAUUACGUCACCCUCAGAACCCUAUCUUACUAAUACCAACCAUUACGUCACCCUCAGAACCCCAUCUUACUAAUACCAACCAUUACGUCACCCUCAGAACCCCAUCUUACUAAUACCAACCAUUACGUCACCCUCAGAACCCCAUCUUACUAAUACCAACCAUUACAUCACCCUCAGAACCCCAUCAUAAAAUCCACAUAGAGCCAGCCAGCCAGAUGUACUGGCCAUCUCAGGGUCAACACACCACACCUCGCCAUCUGCCAAAGACUCCUUCCCAUCCAAGGUGGCUCAAACGUGUUUUGAUGAUAGCUUUUAGCAUCCAACCAAACUAGUCCUCCCAGGGUGUCAGUUCUGUGCCUCCAGGCUGCUGUAGCUGUCUCUCGCUGGUCAAUGUGUGACCUCAAUGCCUCUACUACCUCAUUAUAAGACACAUACUGGACCCCAGGCAUGACUGGCUAACAGUCAGUAGUAAUACUAUGUUCUCCAGCUAGAUGGAACAGGUUAGUCAGCCUAUCCUCUGUGUAUAUAAUAAUACAUUUUCACCUCCACAUACACAGCCUGUUUGAAACUUGCCGUUAUUAGAAAUUGAUCAGGGGGUAUUCUUAACGCAAUGAUGUUUACUUUACUGUUGGUUUACAGGUCAGGGUUUGUAUUUUAUGUGAAGUCUUGAAAAAGCCAAACUUGGGGGGGUUAAAUGUUUUGAGAACUUAUUGGUACGCUUUUGUGAAUGUUUAAACUGGAUAUUUCUGCUUUGGGCCUGGGAGGGGUGGGGAUAUUUUCUGUGAGGCAUCAUACUCUGGUGGUACUGUUGUGUUUUGUGUGUAGUGUUUUUUUUCUUUAAAGGGCUGGUCUACUGAGACAGGUGGCCAGUAUCCCUGUAUUAAGUUUGCUUUUGGUUUUCAACAAGUUCCUCCUAUCUCUUAAAGAGAUUCUCCGGUACUUUUGUAUACCUUUUUAGCUAGUAGUUCUAAAUGUCAUGCUCACCAGCCAAAAGUGGUCGCUGAAAAAUGCUUACUACGUCACUGUAUGUGCUGAUAUGUUCACCACGUCAUUGCUCUCUUGCUCUGCUGUGUGUGCAUCUUGCUAGCUGUCACUCAAAUGGCGAGGGACUGAAGCUCAUUGGCUAGAACUCAAAUUGCAAUCGGGCUGGCCCACAUGGGAGAAAAUGUAGGGAAAAUGGCACAGCACAGUUUCCAGAAAAACAGUCGCUUUCAAACUAGGGAUUUCGUGGCAAAUUGAGGUAAAAUAGUAUUUCUGCUCAUAGAUUAUGCAUGUAUGAACUACAUAUUGACACAUUCAGCCCAAACCUGGAGAUUUAAAAAACACUUAGCCAAAGUUCCAGAGCAUGUCUUUAGUGCUGUGAGGAGAGCAUAGCUUUCUGGACAGUGUAUUACUAGUGUAUGACAGAGCUGAAACUGCUACGAGAUUGUAUAUUGAAAUCCAAAGAGAACGAAUACAAAACCAACAAACUUAACAACCAAAGUCUUUCAGUGUCAAAGUGAAGUUGUACCCAUGUUAUUAUGUCUAUGGUAUAGUCCACUCCUCGUUCCACACAAACAGCCACGUGGUUGGAAUUACCAAUGUUGAUUGGACCAACCUCACUUUAUGGUCUUGCAUUAUCUUUACUCUGUCCUCAGGAGGACUACAUUUCAUUUCAGACCAAAAAUCUAAGACUGUUGUAUGACUCUGUUUUGGACUAGUAUUUAAAUCCUCUUUCCUUCAUGUUUAUCGCUCAAUUGUUGAAAGAAAGUCAUUUUUACACCAGAAACAUGUAUAUUACUCCUCAACUCAGGAACCAUUGCUGUCAGGGUCUGGCAUCUAUACACUCCUUAUCAACACUCUCUCUGGUUGUUUUGGUUGAGGCAUUUAGAAUGUAAUAUGUCGACAACUCAAAUGAAAGAGAGCCGAGAGAAACAUGUUUGAGCUGUGACAGGGAUACUUCUGACUCAUAUCUUCAGGGAGUGUUCGUUGUGUUGUCAAAUAGUCUGCACUGUCAAAUGUCUGUGCGGAAAGCAUAAACACUAGCUUCCUACACAAGAGAUUUUUUUACAGGGAGAAGGUGGUGAUUAUCUUCUUUCAAAUAACUGCGUGAUGAAAUAUCAAUUUUACUAUUUUAGCUCUUGAAUGUUAUAUCAGCAUGCAUUUGGUCAACAAACCCUUUAUCUAGUAAGAUUGUUCUAUUUGUCUGUUGCUGUCCCUCUGUUUAGGAUGUUGUUGCAGAAACUUAGUGUUGAUGUCUAUUGAUUAUUCACGAAUGUAUUUAUUAGUUGGAUCCUGUUUUAAGCCUCUUUAUGAUAACUCAGUGGAUGAUAGUCAUGGGCUUUGCUACUUUGUUCCUGCUCACCCAGAAAAAAAUAUGCUAAGUAGCUGCACCGUCAACGUCUCUGCUGCUGAACGCGAGCGGAUUGACUAGCAAGGAAACGAGCGGUGUUGCGCUAGCUUAGUUCAUUCUAUUCAUCAGUUCUUGAUCUGUCCUCGGCUGCUAAUGAUGUGAUAAUAGCCUCCUAGUCAGUUCACCAAUGACGACAAGGCAUAUUGAAUGAAUGGUAGACCUGAACUGAGAAGGAAGAUUGAUUAAUUAAGUCAAGGAUGGAGAUCUGAAACAAGCUCGUAUAGGGGCGGCAGGGUAGCCCAGUGGUUCGAGCGUUGGGCCAGUAACCGAAAGGUUGCUGGAUCGAAUCCCCGAGCUGACGAGAUAAAAAUCAGUCAUUCUGCCCUUGAACAAGGCAGUUAACCCACAGUUAAGCCACCUGAACAAGACAGUUAACCCACUGUUCAUUGUAAAUAAGAAUUUGUUCUUAACUGACUUGCCUUGUUAAAUAAAGGUUACAUUUAAAAAAUAUAUAGGCCUUGUUCAGGUGUUCCAUGGUUAUUCCAUUUACAGUAGACUAGGUCUACUACAUUGCAUCUAGUAAUUGAACUAGGCCUAUUCAGAAUUUGUCGCCCCCCCCCCUAAAUGUAACCUAUUAGAAAUGUUUCAAAGUAAUUGAGAACCACUCAAAAUUCAUUCAGGAUCAACUUCUGCGUUGGCUACAUUGUAUUGAUAUAAUUUAAUUCCCUAAGUUUCAGAAAAUUGCAGUUUUUCAAAAAAGCUAAACGCUCCAACUUUCAGAUGGGGUCACCUCCCCCUUACCUGACCUCAGGCCUCCAUUAACACCAAUAUCAGAAAAUUCUAGGGAGAUCCCUGGUUUGUAAAUUAAACAUCUUAGCCAAAACCAAGCACCCAUGAGUCUAUAGCCUACCAUUCGUACUGAGGCGGUCUUCUGCCAACGUCAUUAUCAGGCAAAAAAAAAAAAGGGUACAUUUGUCUCGGAUCUGAGCGUGGUGGAGCCGUCGUGGGGUCCAGGGGCGUCGCUGUCUCGCUGGCGUGUAACUCGUAAAGAUUCUUCAAGAUCGGCAGGUCUGAGCUAAGUUAACCCCAAACAACUUGAUGACGACAUUGUGAGAGUGCCAUAGUAUGAUAUCUUUGGUGAAAUGUCCCUUUUAAAACAUGAAAUAACCAUAAACCACAUCAAGCUCCGAGCCCAAGACACUGGAGACGGGGGGGGAAUUUAAUGUACUGCUCCUGAGGCGUUUGAUGUGUUUUAUACCACUUUUAUCCCAAAGUAAGAAGAAUACAAAGAUGACAUAUUUUUACUGUGCUGCAUUUUUUUUUUUUUUUUUUUUUUUGAGAAUGUGAUCUGUGUUUAUUGUCAUGUCAUCUGUUUUAUAUGCUAGUUUAUCCAUUGGAAUGGAAACCCCAACUCGUGGUAGACACUAUGUAUUGUAUCCUACAGAAAGCAUGUUUUUUUUUCCCAAAGCAACUUCUGUUGAAGGCUGGUAUUGUUACUAGUACAGAGAUGCUUCUUGUUUAAUCUCUACCAGAAAACCAAAGGUGUCUAUGGCAGCUUUAAUAUGUACGUAGUAGUCACACAUGCCACUGCAAAUCCAAACCAAGCCACGAAUGAAUCCACCCAAAAGCAAUGUAAUUCCUAAGACUACUGGGCUAAAACCAUGUCAAAGCUGCAUCUAUGUAUUAAUUUACUUAUGUCUGUUUUUGUAGAACAGGUUUCUCUGUUCUAGAAAAUAUAAUUGAGCAAAUAUUUUGUGUCUUAAUUGAACAUGCUUGCAGACAACUCCAAAGUUGUUUUAAUUCCUCAGUUUGUGUUCAGGAGUUUCUUUAUCCGUGUGGCUCACACACUGCACCGUCACAUGAUUCAGAAUCCACUGGUCAACCUACAGUCUUAAUGUACAGAUAUGGGAAUGUAAUCUAAUAACAAUAUUUUAAUUAAACUUGAU